AUGACUAUAAAUCUUUUUGACCAAUUCUCAAGCCCACAAAUACUAGGCAUGCCACUAAUUAUUAUUGCUAUAGCCAUACCAACCAUAAUUUUUUUCCCGCCUAUGCGCCUUAUUACCAAUCGCACCUCCGCAAUGCAAAACUGACUAAUACUGAAAUUUACCAAACAACUAAUAAGCCCCCUCAACAAGCCCGGACACAGCUGAGCCCUGCCGCUCCUUUUAAUUAUAUACACCCUACUACUAAUCAACCUGCUAGGACUACUGCCAUAUACCUUCACCCCCACAACACAACUAUCUAUAAAUAUAGCACUAGCACUACCACUAUGACUAACAACCGUAUUAAUUGGCCUACGCAAUCAGCCUGCCGCAUCUCUUGCCCACAUACUUCCCGUAGGCACACCAACACCACUUAUUCCAAUUCUCAUUACCAUUGAGACAGUAAGCCUACUAAUCCGCCCGCUGGCGCUCGGUAUCCGGUUAACUGCAAACUUAACAGCCGGACACUUACUAAUUACACUGAUUUCAACUGCCACACUAACCCUCUUUCCAACAAUGCCGCUAGUUAGCCUACUCACCCUCACACUACUGCUACUGCUAACCGCCCUAGAAAUUGCAGUAGCAAUAAUCCAAGCUUACGUGUUCACCUUACUAUUGAGUCUAUACUUACAAGAAAACACCUAA